UAAAAUAAAAAUUAAUUGAGAAAUAUGAAGAAUUGAGCAAGGUUUAUAAGAAAACCAUCGGCUGAUCAUGUAGCGGUGAUGAAGAGGAAUUCGCAAGAAAGAUUGUCUGCCAGGCCUGGAGAUAAGUCAAAGCCGGUGAGAGAGUACUCUCAUAGGACAGAAGCGAGGAUUCAGAAGGGUUCUAGGAUGAAUUCAGCAAUCUCUCGAUCAACUCGGCAAAGAAAUUUUGGAAUAAUUAGUCACAAGGAUAUUAAAAAUAGUGAAAGAGCUUUCUCCACAGUUUCUGUUCAAGGCUCUAUUGAUAGCAAAGCUGAAAUAGCUCCUGUUUAUAAAAAUUUCAAGAAUUAUAAAUAACCUCAGAGGGCAAAACGAAAAGUGGAGCUUAAAAGAUGUUCCAAUAAAGUUUUUAGGAAAGCCAUCAAAUUUUAAUUUUCUCUACAAUUCCAACGCAAUGACAAAUUACUACAAUAGUCAGAUAAAAUCAAUAGACUUAUCUCCUGAGAAGGUCUAUACAUGGGACAACUCUGAGAAAAAGGAUAAAAUAGGAGACCUCAAGCAGGUUCUCCUCAACAGUAAUCGCAAAUAUGGCACUAUUGUCCCUGUUCCACAAAAGAAGAGGAUGAACAAGUCCUUUGACAAUAACCUGCUAUAUGAUUAUCCAGCCUCUGAGAGCUCAUUUAUGACCCUAAAUCCUAACUCCCCAUGUCAGAAAGUGAAUCAUUCGAGGAAAAUGAGUAAAAAUAGCUUAGUUACUGAUUACAAUUCAAGUGGUGCUAAGAAAGCUCAUAAAAUACACAGUGCGAGAAAGGAGCAAACUCUAAUGAACAUCAAGAAGAGCUAUAGAGUCACCUCAAUCUCCAAUAUUGGUCAACCCCUAGGAAAGCCAAACAGGUAUAACCCUAAGGAAAUAAGGAUGAAGAGGUACAAAGCCAAGAAUUUGAAAUAACGAAUCAAAAAAUUUUCUGAUUAAGGUCGAGAAAGCACCUAAGCCACAAGGUGAUUUGAACAAAUUAUUUUAUCGUAAGGAAAGUAAUUAUACAAAUCUUGAUUAUAACCCCAUUACUGGUGCUAAACCUCUCAGGCCAGCCACUGUUGGAGGAUCGAAACAAAACAAAACCAACCCAGCAGCCUGGAACGGAAGAAGAGAUAUAUUUGGUGCAAUUUUUAAAGAAACUCGCAAAUUAGCUCCUCAUUACAUUCAGAAAAAAUAGGAAAAUGAUUCAAAAUAAUCCCAAAGCCUUUUUUAAAACUAAAGGAGAAUUCACUAAAAAGUUAAAUCAUGAAAUUGUCAGGAAUUUUUCGAUAAUCCCACAUACGAGCCCAAGCAAGAAGAAAUAGUAAUUAAGACCUCUAAAAAGGCUUAAAUUCUUAACAGAAAACUUUCA